AGCAGCUGUUGCAGGGCGGAAUCAUUGGUAUUUGCUGCUGCUGAUCGUCUUAGUCGAGUGCUGCUCUGCUGUGUGGUUAAGUGCACUAGUGCAGCUUAAGCGCAGUGCAAGCCACCACACUGCAGUCUGCAGCGCAGUGCAAGCCAUCGCAGCCUCUAAAGAGCAAGCUACAAUGCUUCACGCAUGACCUUGAGAUGGCUCGGUUCUGGCGCCAGACGCUCCGCCGCAUCCCCAGCUGGGAUGCGUGCCUCGCGCUCGUCGUACCGGCGGGCUGCGCGGGCAUGCUCGCGGAAGCGUACACCCGCACGGCCAUCGGCGACGCCGAGCCGGCGGCGGCCUGCGCCUUCGCGCCGCUGGCCCUCAGUGCUGCGAACGCGGAGACGCUGACACGGCGCGGUCUCGUGGUCGUCGACGACGUCCUGUCGGCCGGGGAGCUCGCGGCGGCCCGGCGCGACGCGGCGACGCUGGCGCGCUUUUCGCCCGCGGGCGACCACGGUGAGCGCGGCGAUUCCGUGUGCUGGGUCCGGGGCGACGACGACGACGUCGGCGCCGGCCUUCGACAGGCCAUGCGCCUCCUCCGCGGCGUCCCCGACGCGCUGGCGCGGCGCGGCUACGAAGUGAUCACGUGAACAGAAAUCAAAUUUCGUCAACGGCGCCUUUACCUCGAUAGCGCGGCGGCGCGCAUCCCUCUCCCGCUUCACUCGUCUAUUUCCACUAAGGCCUCGCAUCAUAGAGUGCCGCGUCAGUGCCAGCUCGCGCGCUACACGUCGCGGGGCAAGGGCUACGACCGGCACCUCGACAGGUGUUCGCUUGGCGUCGAAGAGUUAGGAUUGUUGGAGUGGUUGAGAUUAAGCGACUACCGCGGCCGCGCGCUGACCGCUAUUUUAUAUCUGAACGACGACUGGCAAAUACAACGCGACGGCGGCGCGCUGCGGUGCUGGAUCGGCGGGCGCGAGCCGUUCGACGUCGCGCCGCUUGGCGGACGCCUCGUGAUCUUCGAUUCUGGCGCCGUCGAGCACGCCGUCCUCGCGGCCAGCGCGGACCGCGUGGCGCUGACGGUGUGGAUUAAUACUUAGUCCCCCC